UUCAGUUGUAGAAGAAGAAUUUCCUCAACAGCAGACAGAGUGGGUGUGGCCAUGAGAGGUAGGAGGGGACAAAGGGCACCCAAAUAGAGGAGUGGCAAAAGGAACAGAGGAAUACUGAAGGUGGAGUGUGUGACGUUCUGCAGAGAAAGGGAGGGGAGAGAGGGAGAGAGAAAAAGGAAGAACUUUUCCGAAGAGUUUUUUUUUUUCUUCUCUCCCCCUCCUUUUGGUUUAAACAAGCAUUACGAAGAGAGAGGGUAAACCUUAAAAACCCUUGCAGGACUGUUUGGAUGGGAAAUGGAAGACUGAUAAACCGAAAGAGGAAGAGAGAAAGAAAAAGAGAAGGGAAAAUAAACACUCAGUGAGCUUCUGCAGUCCUAUGUAAGAGAUGACGGCAUUAAAAAUUGACAGUGUGAAGCCUGGGGCCUGUUGACAGACGAGAACAACUUCCUUGACCAUGACGUCAGAACUGGAUUCCAGUUUGACCAGCAUCGACUGGCUCCCAAAGCUGGGAAUGAACAGUCUCCGCUCAGGGAAAGAGCGAGGGGACCGAAAGCGAGAAAGAGGAAGAGAACAAGAUACGCCCCCGUCCAUCCCAUCUUCCUCCCCUCCACCAAACUCCAAAGGAAAGCCACCACAUAGUUAUGCCACACUCAUCGCAAUGGCAAUAAGCUCUGCUCCGGAGAGAAAGCUGAGUCUGAACGACAUCUACACAUGGAUCAGUGAUACAUUCCCAUUCUACAGCAGAGCUGGAAGAGGCUGGAAGAAUUCAAUUCGACAUAAUCUAUCCCUGAAUAAAUGCUUCCGGAAAGUUCCAAGACCACAGAGCGACCCUGGGAAGGGUUCUUAUUGGACCAUGGAUGGAUCACCUGACCAACAUCAGACCAGAGGUGUAAAAAGACCUUGUCCUACAGGCGAAGAGGAGAUGGAGGACCCUGAAAAAACUCCAUCCACAGUGGACGAAACACAUACCAGUCAAGCCGAGUCUCUCGCUCUUCCACCAGACAUCAAAACCACUCUGUCUCCACCUCCCUGCAAGCGGCCACCCGCCCCGUUAACUACAGCCCCUGCUGCCUCUGUCUCUUCAGCUGAGCCGCCGCUGCGUUUCUCCUUCUCUGAUCUCAACCUGCCAGACCUCUACACUUCAUUUCAGUCUCUCUGUCGCUCUGUGAGAGAGAGAGUCAGUUCACAGUCGGAUGCCGCCAGUCUACUUGGACUCCCGAGUGACAUUGCACCGCUCCACACACCAACGCUGCCACCUCUGUCACCUCACCCCUGCCCCAUUACCAAUCCACCCACACACGUGAUCACUAGUGUGAACACCGGGUACCAACCUAACCCUAACAUUAACCCGAGUUUCACGUCUAAUCAAAACCCACAGGCUAACCCCGAACCUGACAGACUGAUACACAACAACGUUGUUCCUGCAGACUUGUUCAGUAAUGCUGAGUCUUUAAGAGAGAGCUUCAGAAUUGCUAACAGUUUGGACUGGUCUAAUAUAGAUCUCACCAAUCACCCUGACCUGGUUGAGAGCAUGCGUCAGGCAGAACUCUGUGAUUGGGCGCUGGAUCCAGCUCUCUUCACCUCACUCUGUGAUUCGCUCAACCGCUUCUUCAGUCACAGGGGUAUCAUUGGCUCAGGCAGCCCAUCCUCUCUAAGCCCAUCAGCUUCACCUCUUACCAACAUGCAAUCGGCCGCUCAUCCAUCUCUGUCGCAUUUAACACAGCCCUCUCCACUUAGCUUACCUCCUCAGCUCCCGCACUGUAGCGGUGGGCCGUGUGUUCAGAGCCACAGGAAAACUCUGACUCCUCAGAGCCAUACUCAGAAUUCACAGAGGAACCUUGAAACCCAGCCAGCUGCUAGCCAGCCUACGCCUUCCAAUGCUAUUCAAGCACAACCUCUGACACCUCGAAAUCGACCCCCAAUGAAGCAUCUCCACAGCAACAGUGAAGAGAUUCAAGAUGACUUUGACUGGGAUUCACUGAUUGUGUGAAUACUUUGUGAAUCUUUUGGACUUGUGGAACAGUUUGAAAUACUGCAAAGAUUUAUUUAUCAAGAUUGUUUGAAAUCUGAAAACAUGAAAUUCAAGAAUGUUUGUUAUAUGUAGUGAUGGCUCAUCCAUAUAUUAGCUAUUCAACAAAUCCUUACGUUUUAAUUUCUGUUGAAAUACUAAUUACGAGUGGCCAACAAUAGAAAAAACGUUGGCAUUUGACAGAUAUAUAACUGAUGUUCCAGGGAGUUGCUCACCUUUCUAGAUCAUGCUCAGUGUCCAUUUAGCACCACAGUUAUUGUUGCAUCUAGUGGUCAAAAUUGGGAACUACAACAAGUGCUAAUAGGGGCCCAUUGGACCAGGAAUUACACUAUGCCUUGCUCAGGGGAGAAGCAGCAGACAGGACAGUUAAUAAGAGAGUUACCAGGGACAUAGCUUGUACACCAAAUUGGGCUAGUUUAAUAUCCUCUGCGGCUGCCAAGGUCUUGUUACCUUGUUACCCAUGCAAAGGCUGAGGAAAAAGAAGAAAAAUGUUUCCCUGCUGCUAGACUGUAAGCUGGACUGUAUGGUGUUAUUCUAUAGCAUUAGUCAAGUGGUAUAGUCUCUCAAAUUAAUUUUCUUUGAUGCUAUGUCAUUAUUAAUGAUGUCCUGCUCCACCAAAAUCUAUCAUCCUAGCAGUAGUAGAGGCAGUGUGUUUUACCCACAAACAGGAGACAAAUUAAAGUCAGACUGCUAAAUUGGAUGCAUUUAGAUACGUUAAACUGAGGCGAACAGUUGUUACUAUCCAUAAAUUAUUCCACUGAUAACUAUUUAGAAAUAGUUGGAGGUCUGUGUAAGACAUGAAAUGCUGUCUACAAUGCUCUGAAUCUGCUCUGCUCAUCCACCAAAUAGUACACAUUAUCUAAAAAUGCAGUGAGAAUAAAUCAAGAAGCUAAUGAGCAUAUAAAAUAGAAAGCAUGUGUGUCUGAGGUCAGAUUAUUCUGUACAAGGGAGAGCCUGCUUCUAUUUCCCCCUGACUGCAAGCAAAAUAAUGGAAAUAAAACAUCCUUAGUUACUAUUCACCAGCUAACAUUUUUGCUUGAUACAGAUGAAAGCUAUCCAGAUUAAUUACUAUUUUGACUAGUUGUACAAUUUUUAUUGCACUUGAAAGUUCUUUGUAUGUUAAUGCUUUUUUUUUUUUUUUUUAAAAGCAAAGCUCACUAAAUGUAACUUAAGUCUAGUGGGUGUCUGGGGCUGCUUCAGUGUAUUUUGACUGAACAUUGUGUGUGAAAACAGUUUAAUGUUUUCAACUGUCUUCAACUAUUUUAGCACUUCUUUUGCAAAUAUCAACUUCCUGAAUUUUACUUAAAUAAAUCAGGCACCACAAUAUUCUAUGCCUUGCAUCAAAAUAAAAAGCACAGCUCAAAAAUGA